AUGCAUGGUACACAGAGAGUUAUUAUAUUUUGUCUGUUAACAACAAUUAUACCAACAAUACUUAUUGUGUCACCGUUGUAUCUUAGAAAUAUAAAAUAUGCUGAUGUCAUGUACCAGAUAUCUGAUUCGGAUGUGAUACAAAUACACAAAGGUCAGUCAUCAAUAUUCUGUGAAAAACAUUCCUUAAAAAUGAACAGUAGUUUUAAUGCAUUCCAAAUGAAAGGCAGACCUAAACUAACAAAAAAACGAAGACAUAUAACUUUAAGGAAAUCAAUGACUUUACCCGAUGAUACUUUGGAAUAUUGGGGAUUUUAUCUUUUUGCCGGAGCAACGGUUGAAUUAAAAGCUUGUUCGAGAUAUGAAGGUUCAAAGAUAUUGGUUGUUAAAGGCGAGAAAAUAUUCAACACUUGUGGCAUCUUGGAUGGUAAUAAAUAUAAGAAAGAUCCUGUUCUAGUAGAGAAUAAGCAUGUGUCGGUAACAUUAGAAAAUCCCAAAGAAAAGAAAAGGGAUAUUGUAAGUAGGAAAUAUAGCGAGGAACCACCACCACCUUCUGACAUCAAGUUAAAGAGUAAAAGAGAUGUAAAUAGCCCACCACUUCAUAAUCCGAACACUGUUUUGGAUGCUGGUGUGAAUCAUGGCGGAAAUGCAAUGAAUGCCACAGCAAAUAUAUUAGAAGAUGCAUCCGUAUCCAGCUUUGAAAAUAAUCUAUAUGAAUGUUACAAUGAAAAUAUUCUAAUGAAUGAUUAUUUUCCUUAUUCCAUGCAAUGCAAUAAUACAAAGUAUUUAGAAGACAUCACCACACUCAAGGUGGUACAUAAAGUGACCUCAGACGGUUACUACUAUUAUAUAUUUUACAGCGACAAUGAUUUUGUUAACAAUGAUAUUCAUGCAAUUUUUGACAUAUACAAACCAACAUUCCAGUAUUCAAAUAUAUCAGAUUCUAAGAUAUGUUUAAAUAAAACAGAAUGUCAGUUCAACGUGGAUAUGUUUAGCGAUGAAUUAGUUAUCGUCGAAGUUCCGACUAAAGAUGGCUUGAAUAACAAUGACGAAGAUACGUUCGUACUGAUGUCUGUAUGUCAUCCUAGAAUGUCCGUGUACAUUAUAUUUCCAGUGUCCGUUCUCUUACUGAUACUGCUCUUUGCAUUUUUAUGA